UGUCCCCAACAGAGUGUCCCCUUACAUCAGGGUCCCUAUCAGAGUUCCCCCUUACAUAAACUGUCCCCAACAGAGUUCCCCCUUACAUCAGGGUCCCUAUCAGAGUGCCCCCUUACAUCAGGGUCCCUAUCAGAGUGCCCCCUUACAUUAGGAGCCCCUAUCAGAGUUCCCCCUUACAUCAGGUGUUCCCAUCAGAGUGCCCCCUUACAUCAGGUGUUCUAUCAGAGUCCCCAUCAGAGUGCCCCCUUACAUCAGGUGUCCCCAUCAGAGUGCCCCCUUACAUCAGGUUUCCCAUCAGAGUGCCCCCUUACAUCAGGUGUCCCCAUCAGAGUGCCCCCUUACAUCAGGUGUCCCCAUCAGAGUGCCCCCUUACAUCAGGUGUCCCUAUCAGCGUGCCCCCUUACAUCAGGUGCCCUAUCAGAGUCCCCAUCAGAGUGCCCCCUUACUUUAAGUGUCCCCAUCAGAGUGCUCCCCUUAUAUCGAUUGCACCCUUCUGUGUGCCUCCUCCUUACAUUAACUGUCUGCAUCAGACUGGCUCAUGGAUUAGAGGAUGCAUUUUCAGAGAUC